GUGGUGAAGAAAAAUGGCGUCUGCAGGCGACCCAGAGCGGGACACCGGCCAUUCAGUUUGAGCUUUCCGCUCAGAAAUAGAGACUGGGGGUUGGUGGGGACCUAUCUGGAACCGUCGCCAGAUCUAUUGGCUUUUUCUUCCCCGUUUUUCUCCGGUGUGCGUCGCUCGUUCAAGCAGCGAGAUUGAAGCGGAACAGAAGAUACUCUCUCCCACAAUGAGAGGGAGAAGAGGAAGGCCGCCCAAACAAGCAGCAGUGAUGCGGGAAGGUUCACCCGGGCCAGUCCGUGGCUCUCGAGGCGGCAGGAGUAGAGGGAUGCGUGGACGGGGAAGGGGCAGAGGAAGGGGUCGGGGACGGGGUGCAAGUGGCGGCGUUUGCGGCACUGGCUCUGUGGAGGUAGAUACAGAAAUCUCCGGUCGAGAGAACUUUCAUUCGUCCCGGGGCCGCAGGAAAGUUGGAGCCUCCACCACCGCCGCUACCGCUGCAUCGCGGGGCAGAGGAGGCAGAGGGAGAGGCAGGGGGUCUAGAGGCGGCCGCGGCAGUAGAGGCGGAGUGAGGCGGCCUCAAACCAAGGUGGUCUACGACGACAACAGCGACGAGGAGGAUGAUAAUUUAAGCUACAGAUCAGACGAAGAUGAACUCCUGAACGACAACCCUUCGUCGGAUCUUGAAGAAGAGGAGGCCUUGGGAAACGACUCUGACUAUGUGGAGGAACUACCAGAUGAUGAUGAUGCCAGCUACUGUACCGAGAGUAGUUUUAGAAGCCACAGCACACUCGGGAGCACCCCAGGCCGGAAAAAGACUCGGACACUGCAUCCACGGUCACCUAUUCAUGAGGCAAAGGACAUUCCUUCCUUGGAGCUUCCCAAGUCCUCUGAGGACCUCCUUGUUCCUACCUCACAGCUCCUCAAUGUGUCUGCCGUCUACGAGGUGCUCCGCAACUUUGGCACAGUUUUACGGCUCUCUCCGUUCCGUUUUGAGGAUUUCUGUGCAGCUUUGGCCAGCCAAGAGCAAUGCACGCUGUUGGCAGAGACCCACGUCUCCUUGCUCAAAGCUAUUCUCAGAGAAGAGGACACUUCUAACACCACAUUUGGUCCCACUGACGUGAAGGACUCCGUUAACUCCACUCUGUAUUUUGUGGAUGGUAUGACUUGGCCGGAGGUGGUGCGGGCGUACUGUGAGAGUGACCCAGAGUACCGGCACAUUUUACCUUUCCAGGAAAAUGAGGAUUACCCUUACGGACCAUUGGAUAACAAAAUUAAAGUUCUUCAGUUUUUGGUGGACCAGUUCCUGGCAACCAACAUUGCCCGAGAGGAGCUUAUGUCAGAGGGGGUGGUAGCGUACGAUGACCACUGCAGGGUGUGCCAUCGUCUUGGCGACCUGCUGUGCUGUGAGACAUGUUCAGCUGUAUACCAUCUGGAGUGUGUAAAGCCGCCACUGCAGGAAGUACCAGAGGAUGAGUGGCAGUGCGAGGUGUGUGUGGCACACAAGGUACCCGGUGUGGCGGACAGCAUCCCAGAAGUGCAGAAGAGCAGACCAUUUAUUCGUCAACUACCGAUUGGCUACGACCGACACCACCGUAAAUACUGGUUUUUGAAUCGCCGCGUUAUCGUUGAAGAGGAUGGUGAGCAGGAGGACAAAGCCAUCUGGUACUACAGCACCAAGGUGCAGCUAGCUGAGCUGAUAGAUAGCUUGGAUAAGGAGUACUGGGAGGCUGACCUGUUUGCAGCCCUUCAGGAAAUAAGGGACGAAGUGCACACGCAUAUGGACAUCACCGAGGACCUAACCAACAAGGCCCGUGGCAGCAACAAAUGUUUCCUCACUGCUGCAAAUGAGGAGAUCCUGGAACGAUUGCGGGCUAAGAAGGAGGAGGAGCUGGAAGAGGUGAAGAGACGGGCUGCUGAGGAGGCCUUGAAAGCACAGAUGGAGAAGGAGAAAAGAGAGGUGGAUUUGGAGAAGGAAGACGAAGAUGUCAAGUUGAAGGAUGAAGGACAGCAGGAGGCCAAGAUAAAGGAAGCAACAAAGGAAGAGGGGGAGCAGCGGACAAAAGAAGAAGAAGCUACAAAGGAAAAAGUGGAUGGUGCGAAAGCUGGAGUCGGUGAAGCUCCUCCCACUGGCCAAGAAGGCAAUAGUAGCAUCUCAGAUGGAUCCCUGCUUCCAGCAACCUCUUCUCCAACUCAAACCGUCACUGCGAGCUCUAGUGUGGCCGCCGAGGCUCCGAAGCCUCCGGCCUCGACCGCAGAGGCUCUGACGGAGGCGUGUUCCCAUAUGGAGGUCUCUAACAGCAAUGAAGCAGAAAACCUGCCAUCAAAUUCUGGUCCUGUCAGUGGCGAUGGCAUCCCCAGCCUAAGCCAGCCUCCCCACCCCAUUGAGGAAAACAGUAACAGCAGUACUGGAGCUGGUGUCCCUCCGAGGUGUCCUGAACCCCCAGACUUGGCUGACAAGUCCUCCCAGUCAUCCCUGGCGAGCCUUGAUGAUGCAGGGGACGGUAAAGACUCCACCAACGGUGAGGGGACAGGUCCCGGUACUAAGAAGUCAUCAGCAACUCGCAUGGUGACCCGGCUGAGAAACCCGGACAGCAAGCUGAGCCAGCUGAAAAACCAACAGGUCGCAGCUGCUGUUCAUGAAGCCAAUAAAGGCUUCAAGGAGGGCAGAGAGGUACUGGUAGUUAACGCACAAGGUGACAUCACUCGCGUCAGCACACGCAGCAGCAAAGAGGUGGUAAUGAAGGGGACCCUCAACCAAUACUUCAAGCUUGGGCAGGAGGGGAAGUACCGCAUCUAUCAUAACCAGUACAGCUCCAACGCCCUAGCCCUCAACAAGCACCAGCACAGAGAGGACCAUGACAAGAGGCGGCAUCUCUCCCACAAAUUCUGCAUGACACCAGCAGGAGAGUUUAAGUGGAAUGGGUCCAUUUAUGGCUCCAAGGUUCUGACUAUCUCCACAUUGAGGCUCACUAUCAUUCAGCUGGAGAACAAUGUUCCAGCACCAUUCAUGCACCCGAACUGGGUGUCACACAGGACCAACUGGAUCAAAGCAGUUCAGAUGUGCAGUAAGGCCAGAGAGUUUGCACUGGCUCUGGCCAUCCUGGAGUGUGCAAUCAAACCUGUGGCCAUGUUGCCCAUCUGGAAGGAUUCACUGGGCCAUAGCAGGUUAAAUCGCAUGACAUCCAUGGAGCGUGAGGAGAAAGAAAAAGUAAAGAAAAGAGAGAAGAAGUUGGAGGAUGAGGAGACGUUGCAGCAGGCCACCUGGGUCAAAUACACCUUUCCAAUAAAACAUCAGGUGUGGAAGCAGAAAGGAGAGGAGUAUCGCGUUACAGGCUACGGGGGCUGGAGCUGGAUCAGUAAAACUUAUGUGCCACGAUUUGUUCCCAGACUUCCUGGAAACACCAACGCCAACUACCGCAAAGAACUGGAAGAUGCUAAACUUGGCAAGAAGUGUACUCUGCUGGACUUGAGUCGACGGCCUAGUGUAGUCACACCAGAAGCUCAGGGAGCUGCUGCAACAAGCAGCGAAGCAACAGAAGAAGACUCCUCUGGCCUCCCCAAGCCACUGACAGAUCAACAAAUGUCUAAUGAGAAGAGGGACGAAGAAAAGAAAGAAGAUUUGGAUGAAAAGGAGAAGGCAAAAGAGGAAUUGCCGGCAGAGGAAUCGCCAACGAAGAUGGAAGUGGAUUCAACAGACUUGCCGUCAGAUGAAGUGCAAAGUUCCUGUAUUCAGGAAGAUAAGGAUUCCCUGAAAGAGGAGCCAACAGAAAGCCUUCAGCGACCAUUUAACUACGACGUAGUGGAUGUCAGCAAAGGCUUCCUCACCCGCAUUGCUUACAAGAAGAAGGUCAAGUCCUCCAAACUGGACAGUCUACUUGAACGCAGAGUGAAGCAGCACAUUAUCGAAGAGAGGCAAAGGGAACAGGUGUCAGCCUCCAAACCCCAGGAGCCUAAACCAGUUUCAUCCACAACAACCCCUGCUCUAAGCACUCCGGUCCGGCCACGGUCACCACUCAAGCCCCAAGCUCUCACUCAGACACAUCUCACACUGGGUGAAGCUGUGAAAGUGGAGGAGAAACCUUCCACAACUGAAACUCCAGGGCAAGGAGAAGUUGAAGGACAAAAAGUAGAAGGGGAGAGUCGGGAUGGACUCUCUAAAACUACAGAUAAGAUUGUCACUCCUCUUCCUUCUCCUGUUACAGACUCCACACCCAAAGACAGUAGCAGUACAGGUGAAAAUUCAAAUUCACCACAACACCAAACCACCUCCUCGCUCCAGAAAUUGGUGGAAAAUGAAAGGACUACGGGGCCAAAGGAAGCUAGUUCAGGGCAAGAGGCUGUUAAACUCCCCGAUGUGCAAGAAACAACAGCUAGUUCUUUAGAGCAACAAGCAGACUGUGUAGCAUCAGAUGUUACGAAGGCUGCGCUUACUGAGAAUGAAGGGUCUGAGGAACCCAAAUUAAAACUGAAUGCUGCAGUGACAUUUAGAAGUGUUCUUGACCAAAAAGACAGUCAAGACACAGCUCCUUUAAAACCGAUUCAGCAAAACACAGAAGUUUUAGGCUCAGUGCAUUUGAGCACAGAGGAAAACGGCAUGGGGCCAGAGGAUAGUCAAGACAAUUUGCAAGAUAUUGGAGAUGGUAGGACUGUAACUGGCACUCCUGAGCCAGUUUCUCCUCUCCCUCAGGUAAAUGGUAAUGAUGGUUUUGGGGGUGAAAACAUGCUGGGUAACUCUGUGAUGAGCUCAAAUAAUGGCAUGCUCAACAACAGGCCUCAGCCCAAGGUGAACAGUAUUGGGAAGGAUGAAGAUGAACAACGGCUUGCUGUGUCGCUGAAAGACACCACGCAGCAAAAGCCUUUAGUGAACGGGGAUCUUGCUUCUUUAAACACUAGCACGGAGGUUAGGGUCAAAGAAAAUUGUUUAGCUUCUAAGGUAGAGGCAGAAAGCAAGAUUACAAAUUCUGACCAAGAUUACAAACCUCCACUGAAGAAAACAAAGCUGGAAAAUAACGUAGACACACCCGCAGAGCAUACUCCGAAUGUUCACAACAGCACAUCAUCUUUUGAGUGCACGGAGACCAAACCCAGUCCUGGCGUCAAGAUUAUAAGAAUGGCUCCCUCUCCUAUACCUUCAGCGGAGGAGUCGAGUCUCAGCGACGACUUUGCAGAGGAGAACGGCAACGGUGGGGCGACGGAACCAGUCAAGACCAUCAUCACCCAGGUAACCACAACCUCCACCACCACUACCACCACAGUACUUUCCACUGAGAUGAGGAUAGCCAAGGUGCCGUCGACGACAUCUGGAGAACCGGUGGUGCCUGUAGUCUCAACAACAGAGAGCAGCGCCGUGUCUACCCUCACAACCAUGACCAAAACAACUGUGACCAAAAUCUUCUCCCCGGGGCUCGAUGGCCAGUCUGAAGACAGCCAGAGUGAAAUGGUGACACAAGAGCAGAAAACAACACUUUUAGCUUCUGUGGGCGAGUCAACUAUUGACGCCAGCGGUAAAACCUCAGUGUCGUCUGUUACCGUGAGCGAGGAGGACUCGUUGUCAACAAAGGGCCGUGUGCGCCUCCUCAAGUUCUCCCGCACUAAGAAGACCCGCUCAGACACAGCUCUUCCCUCUUACUGCAAGUUUGUCACCAAGAGCAGCCGGAAGAGUAUUUUUGUACUUCCGCACGAUGACUUAAAGAUCCUGGCCAGGCGAGGCGGAUUCCGUGAGGUGCCAGUGUUUAGUUACAAUGCUAAGCCAGCACUGGAUAUCUGGCCGUAUCCUUCGCCCAGGCCUACGUUUGGCAUCACCUGGAGGUAA